AAAGAUUAGAGUUUAUUUCAUAUAUUUCAUUUUUUUUGCGUUGAAAAUGCCUGGAAGACUGAAUGAAUCAUCACAGAUGUUAACAUCAACAAUAGAAACAGGAGGAAGCAAUAUAGUAGCAUUAAAUAGGCGUGGAAGUAGUCCUACAGAAUGGAGAUUUCCUGAUAGACCUUUGUCUUCUUCGAGUAUGCAAGAUCCUUUGGGUUUGGUGUCGUUGUUUUCACGAUAUUCUCCGGGAGAGAUAAAUGAAACAGAAAUGCUGUCAGAAGUAAUUGAACCUGAAGUUAUGGAACAUGGAUCAUCUAUAGAUGUUCCUAUUGAGACGGCGGCAGCGGGAUCAUAUACUUCAUUAUCAUCGUCGUUGAAUCUUUUAAGACGUCGUGAAUUACGACUACGUGAGAUGCGUGCAAGGGUAGAUGGCAUGGCAGAGAGACUGGCACUGAUGCGUGAAGCACGAUCGGUGACUAGAAGAUCAUCUCCUGUAAGAUUUCUUUCAUCGCCAUCAUCAUUAGUUUCACUUUCUUCACCUCCGGUUGUUUUAUCUGCUUCAGCAACAUGGCCUGCAGGAUUUGUUCGGCGUGCAUUACGGGGAGAAUUGCUUGCAUCUGAUGCAUUUUUGGAUGCAAAUGGUGAUAUUUGGAUGGAUGACAGGGUACCGCCUGAGCCAAAUGAUCCAUCUGGUACUCGACAUGUAACCUCAAAUCAAGAUUCAUUUAAUGAUUCUGAAUAUCCUCCUCCCUUUGUGUUAUCUUCUUAUCGUGUCGUUGAUGGUGUUCUUUUUAAUCUUGAUGGCGAACAAGUGGGAACUGCAGCAAAUCCAAGUUCAGAACUUAGAAGUUGUAAAGAGCUAUAUGAUGAAAUGGCGAUGCAUAGUUUAUUUUUGCAUGAUCGUGACAAUGAUGGCUCAUUAUAUCUCUAUAGCACAAUUGCUCAUAAUGAAAGCAGGCAAAAAAGACGGAAACAUUCAGUCGAUUUUUGUGCUGGACGUUAGCAAUAUAUGAUUCCCAUAUGGGUAUUUUGGCAUAUAUGGCUGGU